AAACGCUUUCCUUUUUCGUGGAAGAAACGGUUUUUGUGCGUGCCAAUAACAAUCAAAUAAAUGUGCUAGAGCAGAGAGGCAAUUCCACUCUGAACCAAAAACCUUGAAACGAACCAAAUCGUAUAAUGGAAGAGAAGCGCCGGGAAGCCGGGAGUCUGCCGGCGGCUACGAGCUCAGCCGGUGUCGGGGUCGAGUCACCGGCGUCAGAACCAGCUUCGUCGCGGCGCCGAGCGGGAGGGCAGAAAAGGAAAGCCACGGCGCUCUCAGCAGGCAACACUUCAUCAACGCCGUCGAAACGAAUCACUCGCGACAAGAACUCAAAUUCUCAUACCCCGAUCUACAACCACAACGGACCAUUGACGAGAGCUCGCCAGGGCCCUAGCAGUCUCAGUGCAUCGGCCGGAGGAACGGCUUUGGCUGGCGGAAAGCUCGAAGGGGCACGUGAUGACUUGAAGCUGGAGGUGGUUGAGGAACUGAACAAAGAGAGUCAACAGUGGGAGGCUUUGGAGGCGAAAAUCGAGGCGGAUUUUGAGGCGAUUAGAUCUCGUGAUAGUAAUGUUCAUGUGGUGCCUACACAUUGUGGUUGGUUUUCAUGGACAAGAAUUCAUCCUCUCGAGGAGCAAGGAUUGCCUUCUUUUUUCAAUGGGAAGUCCCAGAACCGAACUCCUGAUAUGUAUAUGGAGAUUCGGAAUUGGAUUAUGAAGAAGUUCCAUGCAAAUCCAAACAUUCAAAUUGAAUUGAAAGAUUUGUCAGAACUGGAAGUUGGAUGUGUGGAUGAUAAGCAGGAGGUGCUGGAGUUCUUGGACUACUGGGGCUUAGUCAAUUUCCAUCCAUUCCCACCCGAAUCCACUGCCACAAAUGCUGAUGGUGAUAGGGUGGCAAAUGCUGAUGUUGACAUGGCGGCUAAUAUUGACGAUGGUGGAGCAGCAAAAAAGGAUUCCUUGCUUGAAAAUUUAUAUCACUUUGAUGAAAUUCAAUUAUGUCCUCGUGUUGCUCCAAAGCCUAAGGUAAUAUCUCCCGCUGCCCCAUCUGGGUUGUUUCUAGAGUCUGCAAUUGCUGAAGAGUUGGUGAAGCCUGAGGGGCCAGGUGUUGAGUACCAUUGCAACUCUUGUUCGGCUGAUUGCUCUCGUAAGCGCUAUCAUUGCCAAAAGCAGGCAGAUUUUGAUCUAUGCACUGAUUGCUUCAAUAAUGGGAAGUUUGGCUCUGGCAUGUCAUCAUCGGAUUUUAUUCUUAUGGUGCCUGCUGAAGCUGCUGGUUUGAGUGGUGGGAAGUGGACAGAUCAGGAGACCCUUCUCCUCCUCGAAGCAUUGGAACUUUAUAGAGAAAACUGGAAUGAGAUUGCAGAACAUGUUGCCACUAAAACAAAAGCUCAAUGUAUAUUGCACUUUGUUCAAAUGCCGAUUGAGGAUGUAUUUUUUGAUCAUGAUGAUAGUGUAGAUGCCAAAUCUAAAGAAACUUCAGAUCCUACUGCAACCAAUGACGAUACAUCUACCCCUAAAGAUGUUCCUGAAACAUCAGAAAGUAAGACAGGUGCAAAUGAGGGUCAGACCCAAACUUCACCUAUGGAAACUUCAAAAUCAGAAGAUGCAAAUGCUACGAAUAUAUGUCAGGAAACUUCAAAACCUGAAGAUGAAAAUAAAGUUAAAGUUGGUGAGGAAAUGUUAAAAUCUGAAGACACCAAUGAAGUGAAAGUUCCGGAGACUGGUGAAAACAUUGCAUUGAAGGCUCUUAGGGAAGCAUUUGAAGCUGUUGGUUAUCAUCCGCCUGAAAGCCCACAUUCCUUUGCUGAAGUUGGAAACCCUGUCAUGGCAUUGGUGGCAUUCUUGUCACUGUUGGUGGGGCCUGACGAUGCUACUGCAUCAACUCGUGGUUCUUUGAAAUCCAUAUCUGGCAAUUCUCCUGCCAUUCAGUUGGCUGCAAGGCACUGCUUUGUUUUGGAAGAUCCCCCAGGUGACAAGAAGGAACCAACUCAGUCUGAGAGUGUUGCUAAAAUUGCCGAUCUGGACACUCAAAAAGAUGAUUACCUGGAAGACAGAAAGAACAAAGAGGAUAACACUACCACAAUGCUGGAUGAAAGAGAUUUGCCAAAUGAUCAUGACAGCAAGAUAACUGAAGAGUCUGUUCCAGAAGAAAAGAGAACAUCACCCUCUUCCAAUGAUAAACCGACAGAGGAAUUAAAUGCUGUAAAAGAAACAGGCAACAAAGUUAUUCCUGAAAGAGUUGAACCUAGUGAUUUGAAUCAAUUAAGCAAUCAAGAAUUGCCCAAAGAAAAUCAACCAAGCAUUGAGGAGGAAUCCAAUGAUUUAUCAUCCAAGGUUGCUCCAAGCUCUGUGAAAGAGUCUGGUGAGGGUAAUUCAGUUGGAGAGCCUUCUUCGUCGGUAGAGGUAGCCAAGGAUGUUGAAUUGUCUUCUGAUGCUCAUCCAUCGGAAAGGAGUGAGGCUGGUCAGCCAGCUAUAUCAAAUUCAGAUGUAGUUCCAUCUCAACCUUCAAAGGCAACAAAGGAUAUUGAUACGGUUUCUAAUUCUCUUCCACGGGAGAUUAUUGAACCCGAGCAACCAGUUGCAUCAAGUUCCAAAGCAGAGGCCUCUCAAACUUUGGAAGCACCGAAGGAUGUGGAUAUGGUGUCUAAUUCACUGCCUUUGGAAUCGAAUGAGCCUCAACAGACAGAUUCAAUUAUUGAAAAUGGAACAACUGCAGGUGAGGAUCAAACAAAAGAUGUUAAAGAAGAGAAGCAUGACCAUAGAGAGGCAAAAGAUGAACAUAAUAUUGAUAAAAUAAAGCAUGCAGCAGUUACUGCACUCUCUGCUGCAGCAGUGAAGGCAAAACUUCUUGCUAAUCAGGAAGAGGAUCAUAUUCGACAACUUGCUACAUCAUUGAUAGAAAAGCAGUUACAAAAGUUAGAAGCCAAGUUAGCUUUCUUUAAUGAGAUGGAUAAUGUGACUGUGAGGGUUAGAGAGCAAUUGGAGAGAUCAAGACAGAGGCUUUACCAGGAACGAGCUCAAAUAAUUGCAGCUCGACUUGGCUCUUCCAGACCAAUUCCAACAUCGAUGCCUGCCAACAGAAUGCCACCGAACUUUGCUAACUCUGUUGCAAGACCUCCUAUGAGCAUGACUUCCACACGGCCACCAAUGUCAAGACCCAUGGGGACUAUAGGUCCUACCCCUUCUAACUCAUUUGUCUCAACAACAGCAACUGGAAGUUCAGUUCGGCCUUCAAAUCAGGACAAAUUUUCUUCUCUUGGAAUGAAAUAGUCUCAUGUCGUAUAAAUCGUGAAUACAGUUUUAUCCAGCAAUCCCCCUGCUAGUUUUCCAAUUCUUGGAAAGUCUUCAAGUUUGCACAUUACAACUCAGGUGGUGGAAUCAAAUUUUUUCUAGUGAUAUGAAGAGCCAAAGUUUGGAUAUGGAAAUUCACUUCCCAUCUCACUCUUGGCAUCAUAUUGGGAGGGAGAAGCUGGUUUUUUGGCAUCUUCCCAUGUUGAGCGACAAUUGUUGGGUGCAUAAAAAUGUUUGCAGUCCUUAGGAAGUGAUGAACCAUGGUGUCUGUCUCUGCAUUCACUACUACUGUGAAUGAAGAUUCUACAUUCGAAGUCAGGUCCAAUCACCAUUGAUAUGCUUUUUCCUUUUCUAAUCUUGGAAAUUGACUUUCCGAAUCUAGCACAUCUGGAAAGUGGAAACUCGGCCUGCAUAUGUUCUGGAUCAGAUUUCUUGAUAAACGAAAGACUAGGAUGAUUCCCAUAUCUAGAAUCGAGUUAUAAGGAUGAUUCCCAUUUCCCAUACGUCUAUAAUUGAGUUAUUCGUUCUGGAUUCGAUUUGGAUGAUUCCCAUGUCUCUUGAUUGUAGUUGGCAUGAGAAACUUUAUGUAUGUUAUUAUGUACCACCAGUGUUUUAAGACCUGGCUUGGCCUGGCCGCUUGAAUUAGCUCAAUCGAGACUUAGAGUGGUGGAGCCUUCAUCGGAUUGGGUUACAAAUUUUCCUAUUCAUUAAAAACCUCAAAAAUUAGGAUAUCAAUCAAACAAUUAAAGGUUGGAAUGUUAAAGCUUUUGAAGAGGAAUGUUUAGUGAGUACAAUGGUGGCAACGGCGUCAAUUUUUGGUAAGAAAUUCGAUCGGAAAUCGUAAAACAAUGUUAUCUGAAAAAGCUUUUUGUUGCCAACGAUUGGAUAGGCGAAUGGGAGAGUGGUGAGAUGGGUUGGGGAUUGUUGUUGUCAUCGAA